CCCUCCCCCCUUUUCUCCUCCUCCUCCUCCUCCUCUUCCUCCUCAUCCGACAGCUUUAGUCAGUGGUUGGCGAGGGGGGGGCACCGUAAGAGCCAAAGUUCGGAGGUGAUUCGGGGCUUGCCGACCACUUCCCCGGUCAUCGCCUGCUAAACGAGACCGAGCAGCACCGGCAGAGGAGCUGCUAGCGAAGUAGCCGGAGAAGUGGAGUGGUGCUAGAUUUGGAAGAGUAAUAUGGCUGAUCUAAUGGAGUACGGAGCAAUUUGUUUUUCUCCGUACUAUGCCGAGCUUGGAUUGUAACAUGUAAAUAACUUCUGUCGGAUUGUUAGCUUUGGGCACGGGUGUCAGCCUCUUUGUUCUUCCAGAGCGUUUUGGUGAGAGGAUCCAGGCUGUGCCUAAUGUUAGGCAGACAGAAUUGAACGUCGGCCUCGAAAUAGAGGAAAACCUACGGUGGAGGAUGAAGACAGCAUGGAUGGAUUGGAGGCAACAGAAACGGAAAACACUGUGGAAGUUGCAGAUACCAGGGAACAAUUUACAGAGGAGGAUGCCCAAAGUGAAGUGGACGAUGACAAGAAGCCAACCCCAGAUCUCCAGUGCUCAGUCUCUGUGGACUCUGCCAACACCAAUUGUUCGAUUGGGGUUGAAGCAAAAAGCAGCAGUGAACAGGUCUGCGCUUUUUGUUACUGUGGGGAACGCAGCUCAUUAGGACAAGGCGAGCUUAAACAAUUCAGUCCAACUCCAGGGUUUAUUGCUCCAUGGAACAACCAGCCCUUAAAUAUCAAUGAAACUGUUGACAGCAACGAUACCAUUGAUGAGAGUAUUCCAAGGCAGAACCCAGUCCUCCACAAAGCAAGAGGACAAAAAAAAGAACAGAAUAUAACAACCUGUACCUGUAUAAGCAUUGAAGCUACUCCUGAUGAUCAGGUAGUCAAAGUCUGGGAUGAACUUAGGAUGGUUGGCUUACCAGAUGACAUUGAUAUCCAAGCCUUAUUUGAACCAACAGGCUAUUGUUGGGCUCAUCACCGCUGUGCGGAAUGGUCACUGGAAGUUUGCCAGACAGAAGAGCAGCUGCCAGCGAACGUGGACAAAGCUGUUGUCUCAGGGAGCACAAAACGAUGUGCAUACUGCAAGCACCUUGGAGCCACUAUCAAAUGCUGUGAAGAGAAAUGCACCCACAUAUAUCAUUACCCGUGUGCUGCUGGAGCAGGCACAUUUCAGGAUUUUAAUAACUUUUCCCUUCUUUGCCCAGAUCACAUUGACCAGGCUCCGCAAAGAUCCAAGGAAGAAGCUAACUGUGCAGUGUGUGACAGCCCUGGUGACCUGUUAGAUCAACUUUUUUGUACAACCUGUGGCCAGCAUUACCAUGGAAUGUGCCUGGAUAUACAAGUGACACCUAUCAAACGGGCAGGUUGGCAGUGCCCUGAUUGUAAAGUGUGCCAGAACUGCAAGCAGUCUGGAGAAGACAACAAAAUGCUUGUCUGCGAUACAUGUGACAAAGGGUAUCAUACUUUUUGUUUACAACCAGUUAUGGAUUCUGUACCAACAAAUGGGUGGAAAUGCAAAAACUGCAGGGUAUGUGCAGAAUGUGGCACACGGAUCAGUAGCCAGUGGCAUCACAACUGCCUUAUGUGUGACAGUUGUUAUCGUCAACAAGACAACCUGCCUUGCCCUUUCUGCGAAAAAUCCCCCUAUCCAAACUUGCAAAAAGAAAGGUUGCACUGUCAUAUGUGUAAAAGGUGGAUACACAUAGGAUGUGAUAAGCCUCCUGACAAUGAACUGGAUAUUCAUUUAAAAGAAUAUAUCUGCAGUCUUUGCAAACAUUCAGAUGUAGAUCAAGAACAUACACAAAUGUGUGAGAUGAUGGAGACUGAACAACUUUUGCCUGAAGUUGACACAGAAAUGGAAAACAUAGAUUCAGAAGACAUAGGAAACCAGAAGCCGUUAGUACCUGAAGGUGGCCUUGAUCAAGAAUUGGUGGUUGAGUCUUCUACAGAUAAUAAGAAUGCCUUUUCUUUGACAGCACAAGAGAAUAUAUGUUUCUCAUUAGAUGAAAAGAAAUAUGAACUGGAGACCCAGGUCUCCAAUCGUUUUGAUACAGAAGAAGGGGAAAUGUCUGUUAAAAAUCCUCCUGCAUCUGAUAGCAAUCCCUCUGAUACAAAGGGGGGAAACCCAGAAAAUAUUCCAGAAAUAACACAGCAAGAAUCAGAUAAACAAGCUGAAGAAACAAAACCAUCAGAGACAAGCACCGAGUUAGUGGAAGCACCCCAAGAGGAAUGUCAGCUUCUUCAGAGGGAACCAGAGAAUAUAUCGAAGAUACCUGAUCCGUUCAUUUUGGUCGGUAAAGAGUUAGUCUCCAGUCCUAAGGAAGAACAGUCUGAAAUAGUGGCCAUUCUAGAAAGUGCAAAUGGAAGAGACACUCCUGAAGUGUCACCUCUUCCUCAAAGUGAAAGUUGUGCAACUGAGAGUUGCCAAUUGGCAGACAAACCUUUGGAAUCAUCACCUGAGAUGUUUUCCCCACGUCCAUCCUCUGUUGAAAUAAGCAAACCUGUUGAUGGAUCUUCCUUGCCAACAUCUUCGCUAGAGCCAAGUGCAUCCCAUGAGAUGCUGCAAUGUCAGAUGUCAUCAUUAGAAUCUGCUGCGGUCCUUCCAACCACAUUUGUAUCCCUCACUCCAAAAAUUGGAAUGGGAAAACCUGCUAUCACUAAAAGGAAGUUUUCUCCCGGGAGACCAAGGUCAAGACAGGGUACUUGGAAUAGCCAUAAUACAGCAAGCCCACCUUCCUGGUCUCAGGAUAUUUUAGAAGGUCGAGAAGCAUUUAAAUCUAGACAACUGCCUGGCAGUGCUAUUUGGAACAUCAAAGUGGGUCGUGGGUCAGGGUUUCCAGGGAAGCGGAGACCACGAGGCGCAGGACUUUCUGGAAGAGGUGGGCGAGGGAGAUCAAAAUUGAAGAAUGGAAUUGGAUCAAUUCUUGCUACAGGGGCCACAGAUAUGGAUAACCUAUCCAACAAAGAUGAAGAAGAAAACUCCAUGCAUAAUACGGUUGUCCUGUUCUCUAGCAGUGACAAGUUUACUUUACAUCAGGACAUGUGUGUAGUUUGUGGGAGUUUUGGACAAGGUGCAGAAGGCCAAUUACUUGCCUGCUCACAGUGUGGUCAGUGUUAUCAUCCAUUCUGUGUGGGUAUUAAGAUUACAAAAGUGGUGCUCCACAAGGGUUGGAGAUGUCUGGAGUGUACUGUUUGUGAAGCCUGUGGAAAGGCUACAGAUCCAGGAAGGUUACUUCUUUGUGAUGACUGUGAUAUCAGCUACCACACUUACUGCCUGGAUCCACCACUACAGACAGUUCCCAAAGGAGGUUGGAAGUGCAAAUGGUGUGUUUGGUGCAGACACUGUGGAGCUACUUCUCCUGGUUUAAGAUGUGAAUGGCAAAAUAAUUACACACAGUGUGCUCCUUGUGCAAGUUUAUCCACCUGCCCAGUCUGCUGUUGCAAUUACAGAGAAGAAGAGCUUAUUGUGCAGUGCAGGCAGUGUGACAGAUGGAUGCACACUGUCUGUCAAAAUUUAAACACGGAGGAAGAAGUGGAAAACACAGCAGAUAUUGGUUUUGACUGCACCAUGUGUAGACCAUAUAUGCCAUCAGCAAAUGUGCCUUCCUUUGAAUUUUGUGAAUCAUCCUUUGCAGCCCAAAUUCCAUUAAAAGCAAAAGAACUUGACCCACCGAAGACGUACACUCAGGAUGGUGUCUGUUUGACCGAAACAGGGAUGUCUCAGUUACAGAGCCUCAGUGCUAUUGUACCAAGAAGAAAAAGGGCAAAGCCAAAGCUGAAGUUGAAGAUUAUAAACCAGAAUAGUGUUGCUGUACUUCAAACACCACCUGAUGUCCAAUCAGAACAUUCAAGAGAUGGUGAGAUGGAUGACAGUAGAGAAGGAGACCUUAUGGAUUGUGAAGGAAAAUCAGAUACAAGUCCUGAACGAGAACCUAUAGAUGAUGAUCCUAAGGGAAUGGAAGCAACUGAAGGGAUCAAAAAAAGAAAGAGAAAGCCAUAUAGACCUGGCAUUGGUGGAUUCAUGGUACGGCAGCGGAGUCGUACAGGACAAGGAAAAAUGAAAAGAUCUCUCUCUAGAAAAGAUUCUUCUGGUUCUGUAUCUGAGCAAAUAUUCAGCAGAGAUGAAAGUUGGAGUGAACAACUGCCUGAUACACUUGUUGAUGAAACUAUGUCUGUUUCUGAAAAUAUGGAAAAAAUGAAAAAACGUUAUAGGAAAAAGAAAAAUAAGCUUGAGGAAAUUUUCCCAGCAUAUUUGCAGGAAGCUUUCUUUGGAAAAGAACUUUUAGAUACUAGUAGGCAAAGCAAGCCACGUUUGGAUAAUUUAUGUGAUAAAAGCCUCAGCAUUUCCUGCAAAGCAAAUCUGAACACCAAUUUCUUAGACCCAUCUUCAGAUCCACUUUUGAGUUCAACUUCCACUUCCACUCCCUCAAAAUCUGGUGCACAAGGUACUCUGGAUGACCCAUUAGCUGCCCUUGUGCUGAACACUGAGGAUGACAUCCUUGGAAUUCUCUCAGAUGAUUUAGUGAAACCUGGGGAUCAUUCAGGUCUUGAUUUAUGCACUUUCCAAGUUGAGAAUUCCUCUUCCCCUUUUGCUGGACUAGACAUUGGGCCUAUCUCUGAUGAUCCCUCUGCCUCGCUGCCUCUGCAUAACGUCACCCAGAGUACCCGGCCACUGAGUGAAGAACAGUUAGAUGGGAUCUUGAGCCCAGAAUUGGACAAGAUGGUCACAGAUGGUGCAAUUCUUGGUAAAUUAUAUAAGAUUCCAGAACUGGGAGGAAAGGAUGUGGAAGACUUGUUUACUGCUGUACUGAGUCCGGCAGCCACUCAGUCAGUUCCUUUGCCACAGCCUCCACCACCACCUCCACCACAAAUAAUGCACUUGCACAAUCAAGGGGAGAAUGCAUUUUCAAGAAUUCCACUUAUGAAUGGCCUGAUUGGACAAACUCCCCAUCUCCCUCAUACACCCUUAGUGCCUGGAGGUGGAUUAGGAACUUUCACUACUAUAACACAGCCAUCCUAUACCGAUACCAGAGAUAAAAACACAGUAUUUAAUGCAGUGAUUAAUGAUCCUACCAAUCCUUGGGUUGCAACUGCAACACCUUUGGAAGGAGAAAAUGAUACCAUGUCUAAUGCACAGAGGAGCACUCUGAAAUGGGAAAAAGAGGAAGCACUUGGUGAAAUGGCAACAGUAGCACCUGUUUUAUACACAAAUAUAAAUUUUCCAAACCUAAAAGAAGAGUUUCCAGACUGGACUACCAGAGUCAAGCAGAUUGCCAAGCUAUGGAGAAAGGCAAGCUCUCAAGAAAGAGCUCCAUAUGUGCAAAAAGCCAGAGAUAAUAGGGCUGCUUUACGGAUUAACAAAGUACAGAUGUCCAAUGAUUCAAUGAAGAGGCAGCAACAGCAGGAUAACAUUGAUCCUGGAUCUCGUAUUGAAACUGAUCUCUUCAAGGAUCCAUUAAAACAGAGAGAAUCUGAACAUGAGCAAGAAUGGAAAUUUAGGCAGCAAAUGCGUCAAAAAAGUAAACAGCAAGCUAAAAUUGAAGCAACUCAGAAACUUGAGCAAGUGAAAAAUGAGCAGCAGCAACAGCAGCAGCUGCAGCAGCAACAACUAGGAUCACAACAGCUUGUAAACCAGUCAGGCUCAGAUACCCCUAGCAGUGGGAUGCAAAGUCCUUUAACCCCUCAGACCAGCAAUGGAAAUAUGUCUCCUGCACAGCAAGCAUUAUAUGCAAAACAGUUGCCUGGUCCUUCUACAGCUACUCCUUCUGAUGUUUUCCUAAAACCCCAAGCCCCACCUCCACCUGUGACUGCUAAUCGAAUGCCUGCUCAAGAUGGUCAUUGUCAGACUCCAUCACAACAAACUUUCUCUUCUUCCCCCUCUGCUCAACCACCUUCUCCGGUUGACCCAUAUGCAAAAAUGGUGGGAACUCCCAGGCCACCACCUGUUAACCAAAAUCAAAAAUUUGUCAGGAGAAAUUCUGCUACGCCAGCAGAGGUCUGUCCACUGCCUUCGAUAUCCAGGCCAACUCAAGUUUCUGAAUCAAUGGGAAGGAGACCAUCACCAGCCAGAGAUUCAUGUUCUUUGUCCCCAGGCACCAGUGAUCCUUAUGCAAAACCUCCAGAUACACCAAGACCUGUAAUUGGAACAGAACAGUUCUCUAAACCUUUGGGGAUGUCAAGAUCAUCUCUAAUUUCAGAACAGCCAGCAAGCAGUGACCAAUUUGUUAAGCCAUCUCCAAGAACAGGAGGUGAUACUUUUCAGAGACCACGGAUCUCUUCUACUGAUUCAUGUUUACGGCCUUCAUUGACUUCAACAUCUGUUAUUGAAGGGCAUCCCAGUCCAUUUAAAACACCAGCGUGCCCAAAUCCAUCUUCUCAAGAUUCUUACACAAAAAUGCCACCUACUUUAAGGAGAGUAGCUGUGGACCCUUAUGAAAGGCCUCUUUUGACACCAAGGCCUGUAGAUAAUUUUGCACACAAUCCAUCUAAUGAUUCUUACAGCCAGACUCAGUUGGCUUCACACUCAGCAAUAAAGGAUACUUUUGCCCAUCCACAAAGAGUGUUGCGAAAUCAGGGUGAUUAUUCUGGAGCUCUUUCAAGGACAGUUGCUCAGGAUCCAUAUGCCCAGCCCCCAAGCACUCCUCGCCCGGUUACAGACCCUUACGCUCAGCCUCCUGGCACCCCUCGACCUGCUUCAGAUCUUUAUACCCAGCCCCCUGGCUCUGCUCGACCUGUUUCAGUUGACCCAUAUAUGCAUCAACCACUUGCAUCAAGACCUCCACAAGCUGCAGACUUAUUUGCUCAGGUUUCAGCUAAUCAGAGGCGUUCUGAUCUGUAUGCCCAGCCUCCAGGUACACCAAUGCCAGUUACUAAUGAUCCAUAUUCUCAGUCACCAGCAACUCCAAGAUCUGGAAUUUCAGAAACUUUCAGUAGACCUAUUCCCAUGUCAAAUCGGGAUCCUUAUCUGCAGGCAUCACAGAACAGGACUUUAUCUGGGACUUUUGUCAAGCCUUCAGAUCCUUCUCAACCUUCAAAGCUAUCAGGGUCUACAGUAACAGAUUCUUUUAGCCAUGAUCCCUCACCUUGUGAUCCUUUUGAUCAGCCUCCAAUGACUCCAAGAUCACAACCCGAAACCUUUGGAACAGCUCAGCACCCCCAAGAUGACAAAUCUAGAAGUGGGUCAGAAGGAAAUUUCAAUUCCUCAGUAAAUUCAUCCAUGAAUUUGCAAGGAAAACUAUUUUCACAGACCACACAAGGUUCUGUCCCAGGCCCAACUGCAGGACUAACCCAGAACAGCGUAAUGUCUCAUACAGAUGCAGAGAAAUUAAGACAGCGCCAGAAGUUACGUGAAAUCAUUCUUCAGCAGCAGCAACAAAAGAAAAACGCAAUCCGUCAAGAAAAAGCCCCACCAGAGCCUACUGCAGUAACUCCAACGGCACCUAUUCAACCAUGGCAGCAAGAAAAUCUGAAUCAAAUUUUCACCCGACCACCACCUCCAUAUCCUGGCAACAUUAGAUCAUCUACCAUUCCUCCAGGUGGACUAAGGCUGGCAGGUUUUCCUGUUGAUGGGCAACUGAAUAGACCUCAAUUUCCAGGAGAUGCUGUUGGCAUGGGGAUGAGGCCUCAUGGAAUUCGAUUUAGCUUUCCCAGCGGUGGCCAUGGACCUCCACCUUGCCAAGAUCAUUUUCUUGGUCCACCACAACAAAUGCAACAUGCUGGUGUCCCACCACAGUUUAGAAGAUCCAUGCCUAUAGAUCUGCCUAGACUACCUAACAAACCACCAAUGAAUAAUCCCAUUGGUUUGUCACAGCAUUUCCCACCGCAAGGUAUCCAGGUUCAACAGCACAACAUAAUGGGGCAGGCGUUCAUUGAGCUUUGCCAUAGAGCACCUGAAGUCAGACCAAGAUUACCUUUUAUUUCUUCAUCAACUACUAUUAUGAACACUGUUCCUGAGCAUCAACAACAAACUGAACUUCUACCUAGACAAGAUCGUCAGGGCCCGAGACACCUAGAACCCACAAGAUGUAAUUCUCAAAAUUCAGAUAAUCCAUUGCAGAGUUCAACAGGUUUGGAGCAUUUAGCACCAUCCCAACAAGAUAAAAUGAAUCCAGCUCAUCCACCUGCACUAGUCAUGUGUUCCUUAAAUCAUCCAUCAAUAAAUAAUGCAUUUUCAGGAGACUCUUUGCCAACCACAAGAGCUACUGAUGAAACAAAUGACUUACAAGUGUCCAGUCAGCCCACGGAUACCUUAGAAGGGAAACUCGAUCCUGAUGAUCCCUCUGUGAAAGAUUUAGAUGUUAAAGACCUUGAUGGUGUUGAGGUUAAGGAUUUGGUUGAUGAAGAUCUUGAAAAUUUAAAUUUAGAUGCAGAAGAUAAAGGUGAUGAAUUGGACACAUUAGAUAAUCUUGAAACUAAUGACCGUCAUCUUGAUGAUCUUCUGAGAUCAGGAGAAUUUGAUAUAAUUGCAUAUACUGAUCCAGACCAUGAUUUGGGUGACAAAAAGGGUAUGUUUAAUGAAGAGCUGGAUCUUAAUGUCCCCAUAGAUGAUAUACAGGGCAAGGCAGAAGACAGUCUGCAAAAACACUCAGAUGAUAAAACUUCUGUUCCUGAAGUGUCUGUUCCUCCUCAGAAAAAAGCUACUGAGAACAGUGAGACUAAAACGGAAGUGCUUUCUCCAAUUGAAGAAGCUACAUGUAAUCAUGAAAAAGUCGGCAAAAAUGUGGCAACUUCUAGCGCUCAGCGUGAUGGAGAAACUAAACCUGUUUUGCCUUGUAAUAUGGAAGCAACUGAUAAAGCAAAUAUGAAUGAGGAAACCGCAGUGUCCAGUUCAGAUGCAAUUCAGUUACCUAGUCAAAAUACAACAAAUUCUUGUAAUACCCCUGGAUCUACUCCAGUUCUUACAAGCUUACUUGCUCAUGGCAAUUCUGAAAAUCCUGAUACAAGGUUAUUAGAUUCUCCUUCUCACGCCUUCCGGACAACCCAAACAAAUCCCAUUUCCAGUAUCCCACAAACUUUGAUUACAUCCACAAGUCAAAACAUGGAAAAUGUGUUAUCUGAUGUGAACAUGGUUCCACCAGUAAGCCAUAGUUUUUCACAAGGGACUGCAGUAAAUUCAGGCUUUAUCUCUGGCCAGCCCCUCAAUCCCAGUUUAGGGGUAGGGCAGCCUGGAAGUCAAACAGGACCUGUUGUAAAUAGGCCUGCGCCUAGUGGUAUUCCUGGUCCUCAGCAGCUGGUGCUUUCUCAGACAUUGGUCCAACAGCAGAAUCGAGAGAGACCUCUGCUUUUGGAAGAGCAGCCUCUGUUGCUGCAAGAUCUUUUGGAUCAAGAAAGGCAAGAGCAGCAGCAGCAACGACAGAUGCAAGCCAUGAUUCGCCAGCGGUCUGAGCCAUUUUUCCCUAACAUUGAUUUUGAUGCAAUUACUGAUCCUAUAAUGAAGGCAAAAAUGGUAGCUCUGAAAGGGAUCAAUAAAGUUAUGGCACAGAACAAUAUGGGAAUGCCACCAUUGGUCAUGAACAGAUUUGCCUUUAUGGGUCAGACAGGACCUGGAGCCCAGAGCAGUGAAGGCCAGCAUCUCAUACCACAAGCAGUUACACAGGAUGGUAGUCUAACACCUCAGAUGUCUAGACCAAAUCCUCCAAAUUUUGGUCCUGGAUUUGUAAAUGAUUCAUAUAGAAAGCAAUACGAAGAAUGGCUACAGGAAACCCAGCAGCUUCUCCAAAUGCAGCAGAAGUAUCUCGAAGAGCAAAUUGGAGCACACCGAAAAUCAAAGAAAGCCCUCUCUGCAAAACAGCGCACAGCAAAGAAAGCUGGACGUGAGUUCCCAGAGGAGGAUGCAGAGCAGCUGAAACACGUCACUGAGCAGCAGAGCAUGGUUCAAAAACAGCUUGAACAGAUACGAAAGCAGCAGAAAGAGCAUGCAGAGCUGAUUGAAGAAUACCGGAUAAAACAGCAGCAGUCUGGAAUGGGACCCCAUUCAGGGAUGCCAGGCCUUGCUUCACAGUCCCCCAUGGUCCCUGGAGGGUCAUCACCAGCCAUGGGCCAGCAGAAUUUCCCAAUGAUAACCCAGCAGCUUCAGCAUCCACAGCACACAGUUGGCCAACCCAAUCCACCCAGAAUCCCAUGCUUGCCCAGCUGGCAACCUCCAAACACUCCAGUACUUUUCUCCCACAAUGCACCACGAAUGCCACCUCCGAUUCCCCAGCUGCCAGUUAAUCCUGGGACACCUGCUUCUGUGUUAGCCCCCAGCCCCAGUGUACAGUCGGGUCCUCCACCUCGUGUGGAAUUUGAGGACAAUAACCCAUUUAGUGAAAGCUUCCAGGAACGAGAGAGAAAAGAGCGUUUGCGGGAGCAGCAGGAAAGGCAACGAAUCCAGCUUAUGCAGGAAGUAGAUCGACAGAGAGCACUGCAACAGAGGAUAGAAAUGGAGCAGCAUGGCACUGUGAGCUCUGAAUUAAAUGCUAGAACGUCCUUUCCUCAAAUACCUUACCUCGGUUCAGAUCGACCUUGCGAUUUUAUGAGGCCACCCCUUCAGCAGUCUCCGCAGCAGCCACCACCACCACCGCAGCAGAUAGGAUCAAUUUUGCCAGCAGGACCCUUAAACUCUCCUCCUGCUGCCACUUUUCCACCAUGCAAUGAGCAGCAGCAGGCAGGAUCUUCCCCUUUUGCAUCUGAUUCAGUCCCAGUUCAAGGUGGAAGCUCUACUUACCAUUCUGCUAAGCAGUCCCACGGAAGUAUUUCUGGAGUCAGCUUUACCCAGUCCUUGCCUAUGGCUCAAUUUGCCACUGGUGUGCCUGCAGUUUCUCCAGGAACUAGCAGUGGUCUGGCCUGCAGUCAGGACUCCAGCCUGCCACCUGGGACAAACUUUGCUGGGACAAAUCCAGUAAAUCAGUCUCUGAUUCAACUGUAUUCUGAUAUCAUUCCUGAGGAGAAGGGCAAAAAGAAAAGAACAAGAAAGAAGAAAAAAGAGGAUGACACUGACUCUGUGAAUACACCAUCGACACCUCAUUCAGAUAUAACUGCUCCUCCAACCCCAGUUGUUGUGGAUCCUGUGUCCACCCCAACUCUUAGCACUCCUGGUGAGCUUGCACGCAACUCGGGAGAAAUGGAGAAAGAAGAACUGCCAGAUGCAGCAACACCACGUGCUGCAGAGAGUCAGUCUUCCUUAGAACUAAAAGCUCAACUUGCAGAAAGCAAUUUGCCACAAAACCAACUCCCUGAACCGUUGAGUCUAAACCCAGAAACGGACACAGCCAAGACUGAUAUUUCUGCAAGCCUUCAAGAAAUUAGACCAGAAAAGGCAGAAGUUGAUCAGUGCUCCAGUCAAGCUGAAUCUAAGAUGAAGACUGAAAGGGAUGUUGACGUGGAAGAUGAGAAAGCUGCCAUUCAGCUUUCCUCUCCUGCACAGAAUCUGGCACCACCUGUCAACACACCACCUGCAAAAGUGGAGUCAGGGAAUGAACUCCUCAAACACCUGCUUAAGAACAAAACAGCCACCAGUCACAUCAGUCAGAAAUCAGAUAGCAGCUUCCACCUUCCAGAGAAUGCUGAGGAGAACAAAUUAAUCGAAAAACAGGAAUUGGCUGAAAGCAGCAUGCCAUUAGGGAACCCGUUGCAAGGCUCAUUAAGUUGUGGUAACAGCCAGGUUCAGAGAGCAGAUUUAGGACAUGAAAUGAAGAAACAGAGAAACAAACGAACUCAGAGGACAGGUGAAAAAGCAACAUCUCGGCCUAAAAGGAAAAAAAAAGAGGAAGAAGAAAAACAGACUGUUUUUCCUAACACAGAAACUUUCAUGCAGUUGAAACAGCAGCUCUCCUUGCUGCCUUUAAUGGAGCCAAUGAUUGGAAUGAGCUUCGCCCAUUUUCUCCCGUAUGGUAGCAGCCAUCAGAGUAGUGGAAGUCGACUUGUGGGAGCUUUCGGUAGUGCUACGCUUGAUGGGGUAUCUGAUUACUAUUCUCAGCUAAUCUACAAGCAAAAUAAUCUCAGUAACCCACCCACACCUCCAGCAUCCCUUCCUCCUACACCUCCACCUGUGACUUGCCAAAAAAUUGUGAAUGGAUUUGCAACAACUGAAGAACUUGCCACCAAAGCUGGAAUGUUGGGAGGAACUGAUGCUUUAGGUUCAAAGCAGUUUCAGCUGCCUUUCAGGCCACAGGAUGAUUUGUUAGCCAGGGCCAUAAUUCAGGGUCCUAAGAGUGUGGAUGUCCCUGCUUCUCUUCCAACCCCGCCUCAUAACAAUCAUGAAGAGCUCAGGAUUCAGGAUCCUUGUGAUGAUAGAGAAAGUCCAGAUAGCUUUGUUCCUUCUUCUUCUCCUGAGAGCGUCAUGGGCAUGGAAAUAAGUAGGUACCCGGAUCUGUCAGCAGUAAAAGAAGAGAUGCCACAGUCCAUUCCAUCUCCUGUCAUUCCAAUUCUGCCAGCCAGUACUGGAAAGGUUUCAGAAGCAAAGCAAAAUUUCAUCAAAAUGGAGCCUUGUUCAACUUUCUUCAGUUCUCAGCUUGGACUUGCCCCAAAUAACACAGAAUCUGGGCUUGUGUCCAUUGCCAUUACUUUGCAUCCUACAGCUGCAGAGAAUAUUGGUAGUGUGGUGGCUGCAUUCUCCAAUCUUCUGCAUGUCAGAAUUCCAAACAGCUAUGAAAUUAGCACUGCAUCUGAUGUUCCGUCAUCCAUCGGAAUAAUGAAUCCACACAGAACAAAUCCAGCAUUUGAGUACAGGCAGCAUGUACUACUUCAUGGUCCUCAGUCAGGAACCUUCGGCCCUCCUGGACUGACAGGGCCUUACGGACUCAAACCACACAAUGCCCCAUUUUUAUCAAGUGGAAAUGUUUUGGCAGGAUAUAAAGCACAAAGUCCAAAUGUUGCCGAUGGUUUGGCAUUAAGGUCACAGUGGUGUUCUCAUUGUAAAGUGGUAGUACUGGGCAGUGGAGUACGAAAAUCUUUCAAAGAACUGCAUUUCCUGAAACAGGAUUCCAAGGAAAAGUCUGAGAGAAUAGAGAAAGACAUUGUCUUCUGUAGUAACAAUUGCUUAGUUCUUUAUUCAGCCUCCAUGCAAGCAAAAAAUUCAGAAAUCAAGGAAUCCGUCCCUCCUGAAAUCCAAUUUUCAAUGAAAGAACCUCCAAAAGGUUUCCACCAAUAUAGUACAAACAUCUCCACAUUUGAUGUUCACUGCCUCCCUCAACUGCAGGAAAAAAAUUCUCCCCCCUCAUCACCCCUUAUUAUUUUUCCUCCUGCCUUUGAAGCAGCCAAAGUGGAGCCCAAACCAGAAGAACUUAAGGUAACCGUGAAAUUGAAACCCCGCUUAAGAACUGUUCCCAAUGGCCUUGAUGACUGUCGGCCAGUGAACAAGAAAUGGAAAGGAAUGAAAUGGAAAAAAUGGAAUGUACAGAUUGUGAUUCCUAAAGGAACAUUCAAACCCACUUGUGAAGAGGAGAUAGAUGAGCUUCUCAAGAAACUGGGCACAACCCUUAAACCUGAUCCUGUCCUGAAAGACUACCGAAAAUGUUGCUUCUGCCAUGAAGAGGGCGAUGGGCUAACUGAUGGACCGGCCAGGCUUCUGAAUCUGGAUUUAGACCUCUGGGUUCAUUUGAACUGUGCUCUUUGGUCUACUGAGGUCUAUGAGACACAAGCUGGUGCCUUAAUCAAUGUUGAGCUAGCUCUGCGAAGGGGCUUGCAAAUGAAAUGUGUGUUCUGCCACAAGAUGGGUGCUACCAGCGGCUGCCACAGGUUAAGGUGCACCAAUGUUUAUCACUUCACCUGUGCCAUUAAAGCACAAUGCAUGUUUUUCAAAGACAAAACUAUGCUUUGCCCAAUGCACAAACCGAAGAGCACUCAUGAGCAAGAACUCAGUUAUUUUGCGGUCUUCAGGCGAGUCUACGUCCAGCGGGACGAAGUCCGACAGAUUGCUAGCAUCGUACAGAGGGGGGACCGUGAGCACACUUUCCGGGUGGGGAGCCUGAUCUUCCACAGUAUUGGUCAGCUGCUGCCCCACCAGAUGGUUGCCUUCCACUCUUCAAAGGUGCUCUACCCGGUGGGGUUUGAGGCCAGCCGGUUGUAUUGGAGCAUACGAUACACUAACCGCCGUUCCCGCUACCUGUGUUCCAUUGAAGAGAAGGAUGGCUUUCCCUUGUUUGUGAUCAGAGUGAUUGAGCAAGGACACGAAGAUAUGAUUCUGACUGGCCUGACUCCAGAAGAUGUUUGGGAUAAAAUCCUUGAGCCUGUUGCAUCUAUACGGAAAACCUCCGAAAUGCUCCAGCUAUUCCCUGUAUAUCUCAAGGGCGAAGAUCUUUUUGGACUGACUGUCUCUGCAGUGGCUAGAAUAGCUGAAUCACUUCCUGGGGUUGAGGCCUGUGAGCGUUACACCUUCCGUUACGGCCGAAACCCACUCAUGGAGCUGCCUCUCGCCAUCAACCCCACUGGCUGCGCUCGUUCUGAGCCCAAAAUGAGCAGCCAUGUCAAGAGGUUUGUGUUAAGGCCUCAUACCUUGAAUAGCACCAGCACUUCAAAGUCAUUUCAGAGCACAGUUACAGGAGAACUAAAUGCACCUUACAGUAAACAGUUUGUUCAUUCAAAGUCUUCUCAGUAUCGGAAAAUGAAGACUGAAUGGAAGUCCAAUGUCUACUUGGCACGGUCACGUAUUCAGGGCCUGGGUUUAUAUGCUGCUAGAGACAUUGAAAAGCACACUAUGGUAAUUGAAUAUAUUGGAACCAUCAUUCGCAAUGAAGUAGCCAACAGGAAGGAGAAGCUUUAUGAAUCUCAGAAUCGUGGAGUGUACAUGUUCCGCAUUGAUAACGAUCAUGUCAUUGAUGCCACAUUGACUGGAGGUCCUGCAAGGUACAUUAACCAUUCCUGUGCACCCAACUGUGUGGCUGAGGUGGUAACCUUUGAACGGGGACAUAAAAUCAUAAUUAGCUCUAACCGGAGAAUCCAGAAAGGGGAAGAGCUGUGUUAUGACUAUAAAUUUGAUUUU